AUGUCGCGGAUUUCCGACCCAAUUGCGGCUCGCUUCUCUGAAGGUGUUGUCACUCCGCAAGACGAUCUGCCUCCUUCGCCAACAAUCCGAGUCAGCACAAACUUCAAGACCGGCUCAGCCGCUUCGUCGGCAACAGAGGCCGUCCCCAGUCUUGACGCACAUGCCAAGACAGAGGAUUUCUUUGUCCAUCUUCCCAGUUCAGCUAUUUCGCCGCCUAAGGGGCACCCAAAAAGGCACAAGUUGAAACGCUCCGACUGUACUCCUUGGGCUGAGACGCACUUGAAGGAGGAGGAUAAAAGGGGUGAGAAGCUUGAAUGA